UCACACGCACACGCACCCAUCGGAAUAAUUCCGCGAGCUGCCAGCCCAUCGGAUUCCCCUCUUCUCGCGGCUGAGAGACACUAAAGCGGAGCACCGCUUAACUGGUUGUCUGCAGCUUGCCGGCUCACCGGUCCCCCGUCCACCUCAGCCUACAGUAUCCGUGUUCUCCUUUGCUCAUCUUUAUUCCCGUUAUCGAGCCCACGAACAUUGCCUUGCACUCCCUGUCCGAAAAAAGCCAUGAAGACAGGCACUGUUCCAUGCUGCAAGAUAGCUGGCCUCUUUUUACUGGGGUUCCUUCGUUUUGCCUCUGCAUCUCAAAGGACCACCUACACCAAUCAUUUUUUCGUUGAGUUUCACAAGGGGGGAGAAGCAGAAGCCAAGCAACUUGCUGCAGAAUACGGCUUUAAUGGGGUCAGGAAGCUUCCCUUUAUAGAGGAUGGGUACCACUUUUUCCAUAAUGGUUUGGCCAAAAGUCGAAGGCGGAGAAGUCUUCUGCACCAACUUCACUUACAGAAAGAUCCCAGGGUAAAGAAAGCUGUGCAGCAGGAAGGUUUUGGGAGGAAGAAGAGAGGAUACAGAGACAUCAAUGAAAUUGACAUCAACAUGGACGAUCCUUUAUUUACAAAGCAGUGGUACUUGAUCAACACUGGGCAAGCAGAUGGGACUCCUGGACUUGAUUUAAAUGUGGCUGAAGCCUGGGAGCUGGGCUAUACAGGAAAAGGAGUAACUAUAGGAAUUAUGGAUGAUGGAAUUGAUUAUCUUCAUCCAGAUUUGGCUGCCAAUUAUAAUGCUCAAGCCAGCUAUGAUUUUAGCAGUAAUGAUCCAUACCCAUAUCCCCGCUAUACAGAUGAUUGGUUUAACAGUCAUGGAACCAGAUGUGCUGGAGAAGUGUCUGCUGCAGCAAACAACAAUAUCUGUGGAGUUGGAGUGGCCUAUAACUCAAAAGUGGCAGGUAUCCGAAUGUUGGACCAGCCAUUUAUGACUGACAUUAUAGAGGCUUCUUCUAUCAGCCAUAUGCCUCAAGUAAUUGAUAUUUACAGUGCUAGUUGGGGUCCCACUGAUAAUGGCAAAACUGUGGAUGGGCCAAGAGAACUGACCUUACAAGCCAUGGCAGAUGGAGUGAAUAAGGGCCGUGGUGGCAAGGGAAGUAUCUAUGUCUGGGCCUCUGGAGAUGGAGGAAGUUAUGACGACUGUAACUGUGAUGGCUAUGCAUCAAGCAUGUGGACUAUCUCCAUCAACUCAGCUAUCAAUGAUGGCCGAACAGCUUUAUAUGAUGAAAGUUGUUCUUCAACUUUGGCUUCUACUUUUAGUAAUGGGAGAAAGAGAAAUCCAGAAGCUGGUGUGGCUACCACAGAUCUAUACGGCAACUGCACGUUGCGCCACUCAGGAACAUCUGCAGCUGCCCCAGAGGCUGCAGGAGUGUUUGCUCUGGCCCUGGAAGCAAAUGCGGAUCUGACGUGGAGGGACUUGCAACAUUUGACCGUCCUCACUUCCAAAAGGAACCAGCUUCAUGAUGAAGUUCACAAGUGGAGAAGAAAUGGAGUUGGCCUUGAAUUCAACCACUUGUUUGGCUAUGGGGUCCUAGAUGCUGGGGCAAUGGUUACGAUGGCUAAAGACUGGAAGACUGUUCCAGAGAGGUUUCACUGUGUAGGUGGAUCAGUCCAAGAACCUCAGAAAAUACCGUCUGGUGGCAAGCUGGUUCUGACACUUACAACAGAUGCUUGUGAGGGGAAAGAAAACUUUGUCCGUUAUCUUGAACACGUUCAAGCAGUUAUCACAGUGAACUCUACAAGAAGAGGGGAUUUGAAUAUCAACAUGACAUCACCAAUGGGGACAAAAUCCAUCUUGCUGAGUCGACGGCCAAGGGAUGAUGAUUCCAAGGUGGGCUUUGACAAGUGGCCUUUCAUGACUACACAUUCUUGGGGAGAAGACCCCAGAGGUACUUGGGUUCUGGAAGUUGGGUUUGUUGGGAUCUUGCCCCAAAAGGGAGUCCUCAAAGAAUGGACAUUAAUGCUACAUGGGACUCAAAGUGCUCCCUACAUAGACCAAAUAGUGAAAGAUUACCAGUCUAAACUGGCCAUGUCCAAAAAGGAGGAGUUGGAAGAAGAAUUAGACGAAGCAGUAGAGAGAAGUCUCAAAAGUAUAUUAAACAAGAAUUAGCACUGCUUUGCAUGCCAAAUGGCUACAUUUCCCCCUUGUCCUUUCCCAUACAUUCCCAUUAGGCACAUACCAUUCAUUGUCUCUCAAUUACUAUUCCAGCCUUUUCAUUCUACAAUGGUGCACUGUCUAAUUUAAUUACAGUGGAAAUUUCUGAAUUCUGAGCCACAAAUAUAUGAUUACGUACCAACUACUUUGUAAGAGUGUAUGGCUGUAACUAUUUUCAUUUGAAGACAGGAUAUUUUGGGGAGGGGUAUUUUACAUGUUUUUAUUUGUCCUCCUGCAAUAUGGAACAACCAACUAGCAAAAUUGUGGCCACAUUUCUUUUUAUAUUGUCAUGGCUGACACCUAACUUACAAUUUUAUUUUAUAUUUCUGAAGAGGGCAAAUAGACUUGCUGAAAUUCUGUCAGUUAUCAACGAGGGAAAUGAAUAUCAAAUGUUGGAGCUCCAAAUUAUAUUUUAUUUAUGUUUUCAUGAAUGAAAUUAAACAAGAACAGCUGCAAAAUCUUGCAUCACUUUCCUGCUGAAAAUCUUCCUCAUCCCUGGCUGCUAUUUGCCUUUGAAAAGUCUGUUUUCAGUAACCAAUAUCUUCACCAGCGCAUAGCAGUAAGAGAGAGGUUUUCAGCAGGAAACCAGUGCAACUGUUUAUAGCAGUCUGUUCUGCCCCUUCCCCAAAAAGACAACCCCUCCCCCCCCAAAACACAAAACUUUAAGCACAGUUUUUAAAAAGUAUAAAAUACAGUUUGGUCCUAAGAUUAUUUCAAGCACAUGGAAAACCAAUAAAACAAGAAUCUUAGCUUGUCAAAAGUUAUAGAAUACUGACUCUAUUAUGCAUUAUCACAUAAACUGCAGGCUUAUAGUUUCCUAGAACUAACCCCACUGAAUUCAGUGGGACUUACUUUUGACUAUGUAAAAAUGAAACAAAUGACAUGAAGCCUAUGGGCAAGCUAGUUUUCCAGGCUAUAAUGUCCACCCAGGUUCUCACUCAUGCCUUCAAGGUAACCCUAGGCUGGAAAAAAAAUCACCAAUCUGUAUCAGAAGUGGAAGUACUGACAUCAGUAAUAAGUGCCUCCCUUUGCACUUAUCAUAGCUCCUUUGGCAGACCAGUCUGUACAAAUAAUUGCCAAUUUGUGUAGCACACUUCAAGACUUUUAUUUGUUGCUUGUUAAAUGGUUUCCUAAAGAGCAGGGAGACAUAUACUCUUAGGGAGAUACAUCAAAAUGAAACAUAGUGGAGUUUCUGCUAUAUUCACAAUCCCCACAUGGGCUACAGUGUGGCUGUUCUUCUGAAAUCUUGAGAUCUAAGCUAGAAGUGAUAAUUUGGCCAGUGGCAGCUAGCUCAUGGUCCUGCUUAGAUUAUUUUUCUGGUGUCCUGCAAGCUAAGGUGAACCCUGUUUGCAAGUGUCAUGGAGUGGGGAAACAGUAUAGUGAUAGUGGUAGUGAUUCUGGUGGGAUCCCCCCUAGUGAUUUAAAGCAUCUUCUAGUGACCCAUUGCUAUCGAUGAAGCAAAAUAUACCCUGUCCUCAUUACUGUUAUUUCAGCACAACAAUAGUUGAAUAACACCAAAAGAUGCUCCAAGUCUCUUUGAGGCUCCUUCCUUUGUCUUUCCAAAGACAAGGAAUGGUUAUCUUGAUUGGAGAGAAGAAUAAGCAUCUGCAGUCUUUACCAAUGCCUCAUGCUCACUUGUGUCUUCUCAUCUGUCCUCCCACCUAAAAGAGUUUUAAGCAUACAUACCAACCUUCUCUGCUUAUGAUCAUGAAAGUUGCCCUGAUGGAUUCCACAGGAACGAGAUCCGUUUUACACCAAGCAUAUGAAAAAAAAACACAUAAUCUGCCUGGCAAAAUUAUUGCCCUAAAGUCUUUAGGAGAAAAUACUCACAAAUGAAUUAAUAUUCUGACAGUGAGAAGAAGUGAUGGGUGGAACUGUUUAAUUCUUCUCUGCAAAAUUUGGGAGGUGGGGGGUGGAGUUCACUGAAGUUGUUCUGCUCCAUAGAAAUUUCAGAGUAGAGUGCAGAAAUCAGAACGGUGUCUGCAAUUCAGUGUAAAUAUAUUUUGAUGCAGUGUUAGCUGUUCCUGGUUUGCAUUUAUAUUGGGUUCUAAUGCACCACAAAGUCCCUGGACAUUUCUGAGGAUCUGUAGUCAAUACAGAUGCUGCAAGAGCAUGGGUGGGGAAAGAUUUCUUAUUGUGAGAACGUGGACUGUGUGAAAUGAGAGCAGGAGCUAGCACAAUCUGGUGCUCCAUCACCUUCUCUGCUCACAUUAAUGGCUUCAAAACCCAGCAAGUAAUGUUGCAUUACCCUUUUCUUGCUGCUUUCAUACUGAGCUCUGGAUUCUUAACAGCAUCCCAGUUCCUUGCUGCUGCUGGCACUCUGCAUGCAAAUAAUGAUUCUCAUGAAAUGUGGAAUAAUUAGUGUUGUCUAAUUCUCAAUGCAAAAUGCAUCAGGGUACAUAUAAUUUGUGCAGUGUUUCAUACAAAUUUAUGGGCUGCAAUAAUGUUUGAAUUGUCUCUCACACUCCUCUGUGUUUCCCAUUCUGUCUUUAUAAUGGGUAGUAUUUGCAAAGAUAAAACCACAAACUUUUCUGUUAUAAACCUGUAUAUUCUGAAGCAUGUUUUGGAAAUGCAUAAAUCAAAGACCUGGUUAAUGAAGGCUCAGAUCCAAAACGUAAAGUCUGAAUGAAUACAUAUAGCUCUAUCCCUUGAUCCACCAGGUACAUGAGUCAGUGAACAAUAAGAACAUCAACCCUUCAGAUUAAAAACCAUCAUAAAGCCAGUCAUUCUAAAAAUAAAACAGGGAACAAAAGCCAUACAAUUUAAAAGUGGAAAACAACAAGUAAUAAUACAGAAGUAAGAUGGUCAGUGGUACAAAAAUAAAGCAAGCCGUGAACCAAUCUCAUUUCUCUUGAGAAUGAGUUCAGCAACUAGAAUUUUGCAACUAAAAGACCUUGCCUUUUGUGCCCAUUGAUUUAGCUUCUCAGGUGGCAUGGAAGAACUCAGCCCCUGCUUGUCAUAAACUAUGGGCAGUUUCAUACAAAGAAGACCAACCUUCAAACUGUGUAGGUUUGUAGGCCAAAGCCAGCACCUUGAUAUAACAAGUCCUACAAAGGCACUCCAUAUAAAAGUCUAGGAGCCAUGUUUUUCACUAGUUCAAGUUCCAAAACAUAAUUCAUUGGCAAUUUUCCAUUGAGUAUGUAAUAAUAAUCUAAAUAAGGUGAAUAAAGCAUGAAGCGUAAGUGGCCAGAUUUUCAUUCCUCAAAGAAGAGUAUAGCUGGUUUAUCUGAUAAAAUUGAACAAAGAUUGUCCUGGCCCAUCUAUCUCUUGAUUUUGCGAGAGCAACUCAUGAUCCCCAGGUUAAAUACCUUAUAUUUCUGAAGUAAUGCUACUUACUCCAUAAAACAAUGUAUUCUCAAUUCUAGACUAGUUUAUUGAUUGAUCAAGAGUAGCACUGACUUGCCACCUUCCAGCAACAGUUUAGGACUUUCACAGAAUUCUAAAGAGAGUUUAGCUAUUUCUUAUUACAUGGUUCUGGUACAAUUCCAAUGUUGUUUUUAAUUAGGAUAAUUAUGAGGAACAUUACUUGAAAUUUAAUUUGAUAACUGAGGGCAUUGGCUAGACAAAGUUGAGCUCUUAGUAACUCAUUUUCCCUCUUAAGGAAAUGCAUGCUUAAAUCUUUCUCAACAACUGGAUACAACUUGGAAGUGUGUAAUUUUGGCAGGGGCAAG